CUUUUGCUUUCGGUUUUAUUUCUUAUCAGUUUUCUCUUAAUUCUGUUAGUGUUCUUCUUUUAACAUUGUGCAAACUUAUAACCUGAAUAUAAAGUUUUUAAUGAAGGGAUCAUCAUCAAUACAAGGCGAAACAAAACCACCACGCGGCCAUGGCCACCGUGGUCAUGGCCAUAGAAUCAAAAACCCUGAUGGAUAUAAUGGUUCUCUUGAAAGCAUGAAUGGAGGCAGUGGCCAAGAUUAUUCAUUCUUGAAUUUCGAAUCGGGUUCUUCUGAACAACCUGCUUCUCCUAUUAGCAAGUCUCCAUGGUCAUCUCAUGCAAAUCUUGAUCUUGAUCAAGAUUUGCACGAUAAUAACGAUCAAGAAUUCUCUCAUAAUGUGCUAAUGGGUUCAUUGGUACGCGAAGAAGGGCAUAUAUAUUCAUUGGCUGCAUCACAAGAACUUUUGUAUACCGGUUCUGCUAGCAAAAACAUUCGUGUAUGGAAGAAUCAGAAGGAAUUUUCUGGAUUUAAAUCGAAUAGUGGAUUGGUUAAAGCAAUAGUAAUAGGUGAUGAUCAGAUAUUUACAGGGCAUCAAGAUGGGAAAAUAAGAAUAUGGAAAGUUUCAACAAAGAAUCCAAGCGUUUAUAGGCGAGUUGGGAGUCUGCCAAAAUUCAAAGAUUAUGUGAAAAGUUCAAUGAAACCAAGUAACUAUGUCGAAGUUAGACGCAAUAAAAACACCAUUUGGCUGAAGCACUUCGACGCCAUUUCUUGUCUUAGCUUAAAUGAAGAUAAGUCGCUUCUUUACUCUGCUUCUUGGGAUAAGACAUUCAAAAUAUGGAGAAUUUCAGACUCCAAAUGUCUCGAAUCAGUCGCUGCUCAUGAUGAUGCGGUGAAUUCUCUAGUCACAGGUUUAGACGGUUUAGUUUUUACAGGCUCAGCAGAUGGAACUGUUAAAGUUUGGAGAAGAGAAACACAAGGGAAAGGAACGAAGCAUUUCUUUUCUCAAACAUUGUUGAAACAAGAUUCUGCAGUUACUGCAUUGACAAUUAACCCUGAAUCCACAAUCAUCUACAGUGGUUCAUCAGACGCACUAGUUAAUUAUUGGUUAAAGGAUAAACAACUUGCUCAUGGUGGUAUCUUAAAAGGCCAUAAGCUAGCAGUUCUUUGUCUAGCAACUGCAGGCAGCCUUGUGUUUAGUGGAUCAGCUGAUAUGGGAAUAUGCGUGUGGAGAAGAUUGGGUGCUGAUCAUAUAUGCUUGUCGUUGUUAACUGGCCAUACAGGGCCUGUCAAGUGCCUGGCAACUGAGAAAGAUCAGGAAUUAACCUCAGGGGAGGCACGGUGGAUUUUGUACAGUGGAAGUCUAGAUAAAUCUGUGAAGAUGUGGCGUGUCUCGGAGAAUACACCGCCGGUGGCUUGGAAUGGGUGUGCCAGCUCAAUGCCACUCUCCUUGCCUUCAUCAUCAGCUGGAAGCUCUGACAUUCAUGGAAGAAUAAGUGUACACAACUAGAGACCAGAGCUUUUCAUAUACUUGCAAAUAGAAAGAGAUCAAUUGGAAAAUUUUAUGUAUGAAUUGAGAAAUUAUUCGUUGCAUUUGACGCGCAUGAGUGAACUGGCCUACAACUCGUAGGCCGUGCUUGGUUUGUCGGAAGUUAAGUACAUCCUUUGUUAUCUUUGGAUCGGAAAUUGGCAAACAAUGUACCUGCACAGGGCUUGUAUAAAUGGAUCAAUUUUCCUUUGCUUGAUUGAAAAGUGAAUAGGCUCGCCUGUAGUUGUUCUUAAUUAAGCUUGUACCUGUACAUUAGACUUAUACUGCAAGGGUACCCAAAAUUUAACACCUUAGUGUUCCUUUUUCGGCCAUUUUAAGGAUACAUUCGCAUAUAUCAGCUUAGUCCCAGAAAUCUGAAUCCUGGUUGAUAAAAGAAAGAAAGGAAUACUCUCUUUUGCCAACUAAACUAACCUUCUUGCAUGAUUGAUAACCUAUUCAGUUUCCUUGUAAGUGAAGCAAAGACUCAGGCAGAAGUAUGAGAAUUCAUGUCUAAAAUUUUGCAUAUGCGCAUUGUAUGGAAAUUAGUAGAUGAUAGACGUGAUGGAUUAGAUAUAUUUUGAUCAUUUUUUUUGUUUAUUAUUUAUACAUAUAUGUCAAUUUUUUAUUUAUUAUUUAUAUAUACAUAUCACUUUCAUUUGUGAUUUAAUUUGCAUUAAUUAGAUAUGCUUUUAUUUUUAUUCUACAAAUAUUAUAGGUGGCUUGCUGGGCAUGGAGUUCAUAUUUAACACAACUUAUAUUAAUAGUGUUAAGAUUGUAUAUAAUAAUUAGCUUGGUCCGAUGUGAAGCCUCAGUUUCAAGUUUUAACAAGACCAAUGAAACGAGCUCAACAUGCCUGACGGGAAUCAAAGAGGAAGACAAAACAAGACGUCCCCCAGUUUAGGUAACUUAAUAAACAUCACCGAAGUUGAUGGGUCUUAUUUAUACGAGACUUUUCAG